AUUGAGGCGAACGAAACAUAAAGAUAAUAUGUCAUAUAUGGUAAAUCGUAGACUCAUGUAACUAUCAAAAAGAUCUGGACAGGCCAGUAUGUACAAGACGACAUGCAGACCAUGCAAACUGACUCCAACCCACCCUUCAUGUGCACCGCACAAGACCAUAUAUACUCCGUCCAAACACACCAAGCCACCAACGAGAAGUAUGUCCAAGAAACGAACGGAGAAGUGCAAACUAAGGAAAUACAAAGAAAAAAUAACUCAUAACGCCUUGCUCGCAUUGUUGCGUUCCCGCUACGCCCGCUAAGUUCUGUCACUCAAAUUCUCAACCGCUGAUGUUGUAGGU